AUGGACAUCAUGGAAGACUUCCUCCGGUUCCGUGGCAUUACAUACCUCCGGCUCGACGGUACCACGAAGUCCGAGGACCGAUCUGACCUUCUCUACGAGUUCAAUCGGCCUGACUCGCCGUAUUUCAUGUUCCUCCUUUCCACCCGCGCUGGUGGUCUGGGUUUGAACUUGCAGACGGCUGACACUGUCAUCAUCUACGACUCCGACUGGAAUCCUCACCAGGAUUUGCAGGCCCAGGAUCGCGCCCAUCGUAUCGGUCAGAAGAACGAAGUGCGCAUCCUCCGGCUUAUCAGCUCAGCAUCCGUCGAAGAGAAGAUCCUCGAGCGCGCCAGGUACAAGCUCGACAUGGAUGGCAAGGUCAUUCAGGCCGGUCGUUUCGAUAACAAGUCCUCGGAAACAGACACAAAGCUGGAUGAGGAGAGGGCACGCGAUCCCAUCUACGGCAGUGCCCCUGGCAGCAAGUGCGUUUCGCGUCUUAUGGUUGAGAAGGAGCUGCCAGAUAUCUACUUGAACGAGGGCAAUCCGGUGGUUGAGGAGGAGGAAACCAUCUUAGGUCGUGGAGCCCGCGAGCGUACCAAGGUUAAGUACGACGAUGGGCUCACGGAAGAGCAAUGGCUCAUGGCUGUUGACGACGACGACGAUUCGCCCGAGGCGGCCGCGGCGCGGAAGGCCGCCCGCAAGCAGAAGCGCGAGAUCAACAAACUCAAGCGAAAGGGCAUCGCGGGUGCGUCACUGGAGAACUCGCCAGCUGCUAGCCGCGCUAGCACCGAGGAGGUGGAGACGCCGGUUAAGAAGCGCGGCCGCAAGCCGGGGAGCAAGAACCAGGAGAAGCGCAAGGCCGAUGAGGGCGACGAGGAGCCCCCGACCAAAAAGCGCCGUGGGCCACAAGGGCGUCCAAAGGCGAUCAAUGCAAGCGUCCCCGACAGCCGCCUGGCGCCCGACGUGCGCGAUAAGCUGCAGAAGAGCCUUCGUCGCAUCUUCGACGGGCUGAUGAACUUCGAAGUGGAUGACGACGAGCCGCAGGAGAAUCCCGACGGUGACGAGGAUGGCCCGCCAAAGCGUCUCAUCAUUGGGCCCUUUGUCAAGCUCCCGCCCAAGCGUGACUGGGGUGAUUACUACCUUAUCAUCACCAACCCCAUCUGCAUGAACGACAUCCAGAAGAGGAUCAAGAAGGAGGACUACAACAGCUUGGCCGACAUGCGGAGAGAUAUGGACCUGAUGGUUGCCAAUUGCCGGACGUUCAACGAGGAGAGUAGCGGGAUUUGUCAAGAUGUUAAUCUCAUCGAGGCCUUCUUCCGCGCCCGAUUCGAGAACGAGCUCGCCGACAACCCGGACCUGCGCGCGCUGGAGGAGCCGUCUGCUGCUUCUGGUACUGCUGGCUCGCGAUUAAGACGGCUCGGCCGCGCCCUCAACGGCCGCGACAGAUGGGACACCGCAACCCACGCCCAGCGGCCCGCCAACUAG